AUGUCGUAUUACGAAAAAGAGCAAAGACAUCUUCUAGAACUCUGGAACGAACUCGAAGAAGAAGUGGUAGGCGGUUCCGAUGAUGAAGAAGAUGUGCAGGAAGACUUUGGAGAAACUAGCAAUCACGAAUCUGAGUUCGAGCUCUCUGAAGAUGAAGAACUGAGUGAACAAAACAUCAAGUCUGGUUUGUGUUUUAUCGGUAAAGAUAAAAACACUUUGUGGAGUAAGUUCAUAUUACGGGCUUUACGAUUCGAUAAUGUGAAUGAUAGAGAAUUUCGGAAGCAGUUUGAUAAAUUAGCUCCUAUUAGAGAAAUUUUCGAUGAUUUUGUGUACAGGUGCAAAACAAAUUACAAUGUUUCUGAAUUGGUAACCAUUGACGAAAUGCUGGAGUCGUUUCGCGGCAGGUGUGCAUUUCGUCAGUACAUUCCAAAUAAGCCUGCGAAAUAUGGGCUGAAAAUUUUAGCAAUGGUUGACGCAAGAUCCUUUUAUACACAUAAUUUGGAAGUGUACGUUGGGAAUCGGCCGGAUGGACCUUUCAAAGUGGACAACAGCGCUGCUGUUGUGGUAAAAAGGUUAAUUCAGCCUAUUUCGGGUACUGGGAGAAAUGUGACGUGCGAUAAUUGGUUUACGUCAAUACCUCUGGCGCUCGAGUUACUACAAAAACACAAUUUAACCUUGGUAGGAACACUGCGGAAGAACAAACGUGAAAUUCCUGAAUUUUUUUCCGCAAAAAUCAAGGAACGAAGAAUAAAUACGAGCAUGUUUGGCUUUACUAAGGACAUGACAUUAGUGUCAUAUAAACCCAAACAAAAUAAAAUCGUUCUGUUGCUCUCAACGAUGCAUUAUGCAGAUGAAAUCGAUCAAGAGACGGGCGAUGCUUGCAAACCUGCUAUGAUAACAUUUUACAACAGCACGAAGGGAGGAGUGGACGAGUUGAAGGGCAAUUAUUCGGUGUCACGAAAAAGCAGCAGGUGGCCUCUUACAAUAUUUUUUUCGAUGCUGAAUAUCGCAGGUAUAAAUAGUCAAAUUAUAUAG